AUGAUUCACCUUGCUUCACCUUUGGUCACUUCUCCUCCAGCGACGUCAGGCCUUCCUCAUUACAAAUUGACCAACGAUAAGCUAAUACUUAUAACUGAAUGGUUUCACUCUCAAAUGGGUGUGCGACUCCUCCAUCGCACUGAUGACUACGAAUGCGACUCUUCCACUACACCUGUGAUUGCGUCCCGUCUCACCUCCCUGACCGCUACCUUAAUAGGUUUAUCUAUUCAAUUAGAUUUUUCUUUUCAGUUAGAAAUCGAUUUCGUCGCCUCCCCAGCUCUUCAUCUCUUCACUAAAAUCUCUCUUCAUCUAUCCACUAAAAUCUUCAUGUCAAAACCAUUGUGGUGGUUGUGGCGAAAUCAAAAUGCGGGAUUGAACCAUUGUAGCAGAGCGAUCUUGAAACUUUUGAUUAAUACUUCUCAAGUCGUCUCCAAGGGCUUCUGUUUGAAUCAUUUCAUUGAACGACAGGUGAAUCAGACCAUCUUCUCAAUUUAUUUGACAUUGAAGAACAGUGCGUUGAAUUUCUUUGUCGUGUCCAAUUUAUCUCGACCAGAUCUCAAUUUAUUUGACAUUGAAAAAUCAAACCUCACAAAAUCUUUCAUAGAGCCAACGGUUGAAGAUCUACGACUCCUCACACUCACAUCGUCGAUGAUUUUAAGGCCUUUUGUCCCCGGUAUCAAGGAAAAACUAGGGCUUUAUGCUCCCGACCUCACAAGGGCAGACCCAAGAACGAGGGCUUUUAUAUCGGCGUCUUCAGGAAGAACAAGGAUAUUCGCUCUUCCUCCUUCCAAAUCGACUAAUUCUUCAUCAGCUCUUGUUGAAUACAUGUCUCCCAAAUCAAAUCAGGAAGAUGAGGACCUCGAGGUGAAGCGAUAUCGGAUUAAGGAAACGUCUAGAACGAAUGAUAGGUUCUACCCUAGAUCCCAUUGCAAUGAGUCAGCUUAUGCAAAGUCCAGCUAUUUCACAAUUCAUUCAGCGACAAAGAGGAGUGAAGAAUAUCUAGAAGACAAUGUCCAAGGAAUUGAACAAGCCUCUACUACACCUGAUGGGGAUAAAAAGGGCCCUAGUAGAAGUGCUAGAAGGAAAAAGGCUAAGAGACAAUGGAAGCGAGAACUUACUAAAAUUUCACAAAAGCCUGAUACUGAUACCCAUCUAGAAGGGACAAAUGACCACCCGAAGGGGCGUGAAAAGAGUCAAACAGAAGAAGAAGAAGAAGAAGAAAAAGAAGAAGAAGAAGAAGAAGAAGAAAUUGUAAUGUGA